AUGGGUGGCAAGGUGCUUCUGAUCAGUGCUGUCUUGGUGGGUCUUGUUUCACUGAGCUCAUGCAGGAGCCUGGGGGAGUUGAAUGAACACAAGACCUACUCUUCUGGGCCCCACUAUGGGGGCUCCCCAACUCCCACACAUGGGUCAGGAGGAGGCUAUAAACCAACACCAAUGCCGACACCAACUUACGGCACUACACCGACGCCAACUUACGGCGCUACACCAACACCAUCUUAUGGAACUACACCGAGCACCCCAAGUACACCUUCCCAUGAUGCCCCUGAAAUUCCCAAGAAUCAUGAAAUCAUUGGAUCCUGCGACUACUGGAAGGGCCACCCAGAUACCAUAAUUGCAGCUAUUGGCUCGCUGGGCAACAUCGGCCAGACAUUUGGUGCUGCAUGCAGUGUGAUCGUUGGCAAGAAACUGGGAAAUCUGCAUGAUGCACUCUCAAACACAAGAGCUGAUGGUAUUGGUGCCCUGAUACGUGAGGGAGCGGCUGCAUACCUCAACUCCAUUGUGAACAAGAAAUUUCCUUUUACCACCCAGCAGGUGAAGGACUGCAUCCUCGUUGCCGUGACCUCUGAUGGUGUUGCUUCUGCCCAGGCUGGGGUCUUCAAGAAGGCAAAUGAAUCCCACUACAAGUUUUAG